UUGACUUAACACCGAAUGUUAUGUCUUGCUGCUGCCGUUUUAUUGAAGCUGCAUAAUUAUUCUUCUAACUCCCUUACAAGCAGGAAACAUGACACUGACAGCAGUUCUUCUGGGCUGUAUGAUGCUAGGUGUGGUGGCGGGGGACUGUGUAGACAGUCAGGACACGUGUAUACACUGGGCUGAACUGGGGUACUGUGACGGGGGCGUAUACAAGGCCUGGAUGCUGCAAAACUGCAGGAAGUCCUGCCAUCAAUGUACCCCGACACCUUCUGACGUUUGUAAAGGACCGGUUGGUCCGGACUGGACUCUGACGAAAGUGGCUUACGACCAGGAUAAACAGGAACUGAAGAUAGCUCGCCACGACAUUGGAGGAGUAACAGUAAGUGAUGGCGGGUCCGGAAGUUUUUCCGCUUAUGGAACCAACGUCCAGUCGGCAAAGUUCACCAUCAAAUCUGGAGUAAAAGUACAAAACGGAGUUAUCUUGAACAUGAUUGUGCCAGUGGUUUCUGACGACGGUAAACCCUCCAUCUCUACAAAAACACAAAACCUGAUUGCCGGGCAACCGAACUGGAGUUACAGCAGUUACAGUGGUUCUUGGAACUGUCAGGCGGAUCCUGGACAAUCAAAGACCUGCACGGCUUUCGUCAACGAGUUCAAGGUCACCACACCCUACACAGAAACUUGGCAGGCCCCAGGGAAAGUCUGCUACGCAGAGAGCACUGGAGUACUUGUUCAGGAGCUCUGGGGACAGCCCAUCAUCCUGAACUAGCUCUGGGGACGAGGUAUUACAACCUUACUUAGUGGCCAACCAACAGCUGACGACUUGCUCGCUACACAUAUAAUAUUUAGCUUUGUUCAAACACCU